AGCUAGGAAACAUCAUGACACUCAAGUCACUAGUCAUUGAAGUUAACGAGGUCGAAGGACCUCUUCCUCCAGAGCUUGGUAAUUUGCGCAGCUUGGAGAGAUUGCAUAUGCAAGGCACAUCUAUGACGGGACCUAUUCCUUCUAACAUCUCUUUCUUGGUGAAUCUAACUGAACUGAGGAUAUCGGAUUUGAAUGGAUCGAGCAUGCCUUUCCCUGCAUUGGGGGAUAUGACCAAAAUGCAGAAAUUGGUACUAAGAAAUUGCUUGAUUUCUGACAAAAUCCCACAAUAUAUUGGGACAAUGACAAAUCUGAAAUCCUUAUAACUUACCUUUAACAAUUUGACAGGAGAAAUUCCAAGCAGCUUUUCAAGACUCUCAGCUCUAGAUUAUAUGUAUCUUACUAGCAACAUGCUGACUGGGGUCAUCUCCUCUUGGGUCCGAGGUAGCAACCAUUACUUG